AUGGUGCAAGAAAUAAACUUAGGCGUGACAUGUGAUAUGCAUGUUCAUGUAAGAGAAGGCGACAUGUGUGAAUUGGUCACACCCAAAAUUAGAGAUGGUGGGGUUUCAGUAGCUUACAUCAUGCCAAAUUUACAGCCUCCAAUUACAACAUUGGAUAGAGUAAUUGAAUACAAGAAAACUCUGCAAAAGUUGGCUCCAAAGACCACCUUUUUGAUGAGUUUUUACCUUUCUAAAGACUUGAAUCCAGAUUUGAUUCAUGAAGCUGCUCAGAAACGUGCAAUUCGUGGGGUAAAGUGUUAUCCAGCGGGAGUAACAACAAAUUCAGCUGCCGGGGUUGAUCCAAAUGAUUUCAGCGCAUUCUACCCAAUUUUUAAGGCCAUGGAGGAGGAGCACCUCGUACUAAACUUACAUGGGGAAAAACCUUCUGUUCACGAAGGAGACGAAGAAGCUAUUCAUGUAUUAAACGCAGAAGAGGCCUUUUUGCCUGCUUUGAGAAAGUUGCACAAUGACUUUCCAAACUUGAAGAUAAUUUUAGAGCACUGCACCAGCGAGGCUGCCAUAAAAACCAUUGAGGAUAUAAACAAGAAUGUCAAGAAUGCUUCCGACGUAAAGGUUGCUGCUACAUUGACGGCACAUCACUUAUUCUUAACAAUUGACGAUUGGGCUGGCAAUCCAGUGAAUUUUUGCAAGCCUGUUGCAAAACUUCCAAAUGAUAAGAAAGCUUUAAUCAAAGCUGCAGUAUCAGGUAAGCCAUAUUUUUUCUUUGGUUCUGACUCAGCGCCUCAUCCUGUACAAAAUAAGGCCAAAUACAUGGGUGUUUGCGCAGGGAUUUACUCACAAUCCUUUGCGAUUCCUUAUGUCGCACAACUUUUCGAAGAGCAAAAUGCUUUGAAUAAUUUAAAAGGCUUUGUUUCUGACUUUGGAAUUUCCUUCUAUGAAGUAAAAGAUAGCGAAUUGACUUCUACUGAAAAGGUCUUGUUAUUCAAAUGUGAACAGGUGGUUCCUCAGUUUAUAAGUGACGGCAAAGAAACGAGUGUUGUUCCAUUCAAGGCUGGUGAUAAACUAAGCUGGUCGGUGAGAUGGGAAUCUCGCUGA